AUGUGACAUUAGCUAGGCUUUUUCAGUUUCUUACUGUUCUUCUUGAUCUGGUUACCCUCUUCCAGGAGAGUAAGAAAGAGAGAUGGAGAUGAAAAGAGAGGAUGCCCAAUACAGUCCUGUUGCCGGAGAACAUCCUUCUCUCGGUGAACAAUGGACAAAGCCGAGUCGCAAAUAUCUCUACAUAAGUGUUGCUAUAUUGAACCUACAGUUCCUCAUGUGUGGCACUGCGUUUGGAUGGUCGUCACCGAUGCUGAUGAAACUUGAACUCUCCGCCACCGACGGCAGCACCAUAGCCUCCGCCUUGCCGCUGGGUAUCGUCCUGGGGCCGUUCGUGUCGGGGGUCCUGCUGGACAGGAUCGGCAGGAAAGCCACAGUAGGCCUCAGCAUGGGGAUCAUCACUUGCUGUUACGUCAUCUUAACUCUAGUCAGCAGCGUCAGCCUCCUCUCCCUUGGCAGAUUCAUGGCGGGAGUAACCUGUGGUAUCACCUUCGCCUCUGUGCCGCUGUACAUUGCAGAAAUAUCUGAGGAUUCUGUUCGAGGUUUUCUGAACACAAUGAACCAGUUCUCGGUGGGGUCCGGAAGUCUGUUGAUGUACGCAGUCGGCCCUCUCGUCAGCUACGCCUACCUCCACUACAUGUUGCUGGGAUUGUGUGCUACCUUCUUUGUACUCUUCCCUCUCCUGCCUGACUCUCCGUACUCUCUAGUCACGAGGGGAAAGGUUACGGAGGCAGAGCGAACACUUGCCAAGCUCAGAGGGAAUUCAUCGGUAUCGUUGAUAGAAAAGGAACUCCAAGUAAUACAGAAAUCAAUCACUGAGGGCCAAGAAGGAUCAACGUCUGUGAGAGAGUUGGUCAGUUCACGUGGUAACCGCCUGGCCCUAACCAUCUGCCUGGUGUUGUUAGUGUCCCAGCAGCUCUGCGGAGUCUCCAUCGUCUUCCUGUAUCUGGAGCAAAUAUUCCAGAUGACGGGGACCAACAUCUCCAGCAGCACUUGCUCCACCGUGGUCGGCUUCAUACUCGUUAUCUCGGGCGGCAUCUCCCCCCUCGCAGUCAAAUACUUCGGCUACAAAAAGCCUCUUUUGGUAUCCACCUCCGGCAUGGCUUUAGGAAUGGGAAAUCUCGGAGCUUACUUAGCUAUGAAGUUUUAUGGAGUGAACGUGACUUCUUUCAAUUGGUUACCACUCCUCAGUGUGGUGGUGUAUAUUGUAUCCUUCAAUAUCGGCUUCGCUAACAUCCCGUGGGCGUUGGCAGGAGAGCUGUUCCCCAACAAUGUCAAGUCCAACGCUGUGACAAUGAUCGCGUCAACGAGCGGGCUCUUCGCCUUCCUCACGGUGAAACUGUUCCCGUACCUCACUCUGUUGCUGGGUCUUCACUUCUUGUUCUGCGUGUGCAGCCUCAUGUGCCUGCUCACUGUCGUCUUUAUGUGGCUGGUCGUGCAAGAUACGAGUAGCAUGUCGUUCGUUGAGAUCCAGCUCAUGUUGAACGGCCAUAAGAGAAUAGACCUUUCACUCAAUAAACCACUGAAAAGUCCUCUUGCAGAUGUAGAACUCUGAAAUUAUGUCAUCAAACAAUAAACUGUGACCACCUUGCCUGGGGGGCGAAGUUAUCGGUUUUGUGCUUUAUAAUGGAAUGAAUCUUGGUAUGGUAGUUAUGGGCCUGCUGCUGUAAAACGACUCCAUAAGAAUUAUGACGAACCUCAAGCACUCGCAAGCUUAUAUUACAGGAAACAGAAAUGUGAGAAAUGUCUCAUUUAAGCAUUUAUACGUUUAUAUCCAAUCAUUUGUUUAGCUUUGUUUAUAGUCCAAUAUGUAAGCCAUGAUUAACAAAUAAAUUUGAGUUUUUUUUAAUGCCUACAAAUACAUAAACACUAUAAAAAAUU